UUUGACAGCACAAAAACACAGGCCGGUUUGUUUUUGUCGGAACGGAUUUUGCUUUGGAAAGCUGGUAAAAAUCCCCAGAAAUCUCCUUGAAGGAUAAUGGCGCUUGCUCCUGCCAGUGGUACGGGACGGUUUUGGGCUCGUUCCGCUAAAAUAAUCAGAUUUGUACGUCAAGGAUGCACAAACCGACCAUUUUUCCACAUCGUGGUCACGGAGCGCCGGAAGGAUCAGUACCAACCAGUCAUUGAGCAAGUGGGAACAUACGAUCCAAUCCCGAACGAACACAAUGAGCAGCUAGUUUCCUUCAACUAUGAACGCAUCCGCCAUUGGAUUGGCAGUGGGGCGCACGUAUCGAAACCAGUUGCGGAACUGUUAGGAAUCGCCGGGUUGCUUCCGAUUCAUCCGCGAACGUAUAUGACCGCAUGGCGAAACAGGCAAAAGGCUGAAAAAUUAGCCCAAAUCGAAGCAGUAAAAACAAAUGAAAACGCAGAACAGGCAUCUAAUUAAUAUAUUGAACACAUUUCGUGUCUCGUCGGAGAACAUUACUAGAAUAAAGCAUUUAGUUCAUACAUAAGCAGCCCACGCAGGAGUUUUUUUCUCAUUUCCGGCAUAUCGCCGGUGGCAUGGGUUCGAAUCCUGACCGAGAUCGGAACCUCUCCUGUACGAAAAGACUGACUAUCCAAUAAAACAAAGGGAAAAAGUCAAUUAAGCCCUUAACGGGCAGGCAUCA